CACAGGUGCACAACAAUCGUGUUUCCCCACGCUGGCGGUUCUAUAUAUUCACAUACCGCCCCCACUGCCACAAUCGGUUUUUCAAUAUCUUUCUGGGAAAAACAAUCUCUCUGCUCUCUUGCUAAUUAAUCUCCUCCUCAUCAAUGGGUGCCAAGAAGAACCAGAAGGCCGGCGGCGGCGAACAGAAGAAGACCGACGGCGGAAAGAAGGACGGCGAUACGAAGAUUUCUGUUAUUCUCAAGGCCGAUCUACAUUGCGAGGGUUGCGCUUCCAAACUGGUCAAAGUUAUCCGCGCCUAUGACGGUGUGGAGGAUGUGAAAGUCGACAGUGCGACGGGCAAGGUGACGGUGACGGGGAAGGUGGAUCCGACGGCGCUCCGGGAGAAGGUUGAGGCGAAGACGCACAAACCAGUGGUACUGGUAUCGCCGCAGCCGCCCAGCAAAGGCGGCGACAAGGUCAAAGACGGCGGCGAUGGAGGUGAGAAGGCAAAAAAGAAGGACAACAAGGACGGGGAUUCAAAGGAGAAUAAGGGAGAAGAUAGCAACAAAAAAGCAAAGGAAAAAGAGAAAGCGGCGCCGGUGGUGAAGACGACUGUGCUUAAGAUCAAUCUCCAUUGCGAAGGAUGCAUUCAAAAAAUUCAGAAGAUCGUCAACAAAACCAAAGGAUGUCACGAGAUGAAGCUGGAUAAACAGAAAGAAUUGGUGACGGUGACGGGAUCGAUGGACGUGAAAGCGUUAUGUGAGAAUCUGAAGAAGCACCUAAAGAGGGAGGUUGAGGUCGUGCCGCCGAAGAAGGAAGGCGGAGAGAAGAAAGAGAAAGGAGGCGGAGACGGCGCCGGCGGGAACGAGAAGGCGGAAAAGGAGAAGGGGAAGGGUGGUAAGAAAGAAGGCGGUGGUGGCGGUGGCGGAGAGAAGAGCGUGGAAGAGGUGAACAGGAUGCAGGUUCAAGUCGGGUACCCGUACAUGUACGGGUCGGGUUAUGUACAGGACCCGAUGUACUACCACUACCCUCCUGCCCCUCAAAUGUUUAGCGAUGAGAACCCGAAUGCGUGUAGUGUUAUGUAAGGUGACACUUGCCAACGGAAUGUUUUGGAAUGCGUUAACGAAAGCUUGUAAAUAAAUGGGUUAUUAGGCUUUUUUGUUGGGUUCUUGGAUUUUGUUCAGCCUACUCCAUUUAUUUUUCCAACUCAAUCCAGAAAAAUGCACCGUCUCACCAAUUCUCUCUUAUCUGGAAACUUGAAAUCGGCAAUACAUAUUUACAAUGCAAAAUGAGUAGUCACAAUUGUUUGUUUAGUUUUUAUUAUUAAUUAAUACGUAGUACGAAGUAAAGUUUUUGACGUUC